AUGGGUGACUGGAGUUUCCUGGGGAACAUCUUGGAGGAGGUGAACGAGCACUCGACGGUCAUCGGAAGAGUCUGGCUCACCGUGCUCUUCAUCUUCCGGAUCCUCAUCCUGGGCACAGCCGCGGAGUUCGUGUGGGGGGACGAGCAGUCCGACUUCGUGUGCAACACCCAGCAGCCCGGCUGCGAGAACGUCUGCUACGACGAGGCCUUCCCCAUCUCACACAUCCGCCUCUGGGUGCUGCAGAUCAUCUUCGUGUCCACGCCAUCUCUGGUGUACGUGGGCCACGCCGUGCACCACGUCCGCAUGGAGGAGAAGCGCAAGGAGCGUGAGGCCGAGGAGCUGUGCCAGCAGGCGGCGGGCGACGGCGGCGAGAGGGUGCCGCUGGCCGCGGACCAGGGCAGCAUCAAGAAGGGCAGCAACAGCAGCAAAGGCACCAAGAAAUUCCGGCUGGAAGGGACCCUGCUGCGGACCUACAUCUGCCACAUCAUCUUUAAGACUCUCUUCGAGGUGGGCUUCAUCGUGGGCCACUACUUCCUGUAUGGCUUCCGGAUCCUGCCCCUCUAUCGCUGCAGCAGGUGGCCCUGCCCCAAUGUGGUGGACUGCUUCGUGUCGCGGCCAACGGAGAAAACCAUCUUCAUCCUGUUCAUGCUGUCGGUGGCCUCGGUGUCCCUCUUCCUCAACAUCCUGGAGAUGAGCCACCUAGGCCUGAAGAGAAUCCGGUCUGCCUUCAAGAGGCCCGUGGAGCAGCCCCUGGGGGAGAUACCCGAGAAGUCCCUCCACUCCAUUGCCGUCUCCUCCAUCCAGAAGGCCAAGGGCUACCAGCUGCUGGAAGAAGAGAAAAUCGUGUCCCACUAUUUCCCCCUGACUGAGGUCGGCAUGGUGGAGACCAGCCCACUUUCGGCCAAACCUUUUAGUCAGUUCGAGGAGAAGAUGGGUGCAGGGCCCCUCGGGGACCUGUCCCGAGCUUACCAAGAGACACUGCCUUCCUACGCUCAGGUGGGGGCACAGGAGGGGGAGGUGGAGGAGCAGCCUGUAGAGGAGGGGGCGGAACCAGAGGUGGGAGACAAGAGGCAGGAAGGGGAGACAGUGAGCACAGAGGGGCUGGAGACCACAGCAGUGCUGGAGGGGGAGAAAGCCGAGACUCCUGAGGUGGGGAAGGAGGGUGAGAAGGAAAACCUACAGCCUGAGAAGGUAUCAAAGCAAGGGCUGCUGGCAGAGAAGUCGCCUUCCCUGUGUCCAGACCUCACGAGAGAUGACACCAGACCGCUGAGCAGGCUGAGCAAAGCCAGCAGCCGAGCAAGGUCAGACGAUCUAACCGUAUGA